UUUUUUUUUAUUUUCUUCUUUUAUUUUAUUCAUCAUGAGUUUUCUUAAUUUCAGUUUGGGUGGAAAAAAGAAUAAGAUUUCAAAGAUCAAGAACAAUGUUACUCCCAUGUACUUAGAUUCAAAACCACUCUUUUUAACGCCACCUUAUGUGACGCACAUGUUAGUCAAGGGCAACUUCAAGACACUUACACAACUACCCAAGUAUGUAGAUAUCAAUGAAUGGCUUGCAUUCAACACUUUCGAGUUCUUUAAUCACCUCAACAUGUUUUAUGGGUCCAUCACAGACUUUUGUACACCUACUUCAUGUCCAACCAUGUCAGCAGGGUUUGGAGUAGAGUAUCCAUGGAUUGAUGGUGCUUCUAAAAAGAUCAAGUUAUGCGCACCACAAUACAUUGACUAUAUGGCAUCCAGUAUACAAAAUAUGAUGAAUGAUGAAUCCUUAUUUCCAACAAAAUCAGGCAGUGAAUUUUCCCCGGAGUUUUGUUGUCUGAUCAAACGAAUAUUUGGACAACUGUUUCGACUGUUUGGUCAUAUAUACCAUCAUCACUAUGAUAAAAUACUAUCUUUGCACGAAGAGCCUCAUUUGAAUUCACUGUUUGCUCAUUUUAUAUCAUUUGCUCAAGAGUUUGAUUUGCUGGAAAAGAAAGAAAUUCAACCCUUACAAGAAUUAAUGGAUAUCAUGAUGAGAGAAGGAAUUAUUUCAUAGCCAUAAUCCUCCUAUUUAUAUAUAUAUAUAUAUAUAUUUUCCAAACAAAUAAACCCCCCUCCUCCUCGCUCUCUCCCUUUCCCUUCUCCCUUCUCCCUUCUCCCUUUUUUUUUCUUUCUUUCUUUCUUUUUUUCUUUU